CAGUGCACGCCCGGCUGCCGUCACGAGAGCACGGUGAACGCCGCUUGUGAAUUCCUCGGUACGUACACCACCCAGCACGUCAAAACCACGUCGCGAGACAACGAACGGCCUCCGACUUGCCCCGAAAAUUAGUUUCUUCGUUCCCCCUCUCUCUUCGCCUCUUCGUCUCUUCUUCUCUUCUUCUUCACCCCGAUCUCUCCCUGCCCUUCUUUCAUCCCCCACCCCCCCCCCCCGAAAUCUGCGUCGCCACACGCGCGCAGCGAUCAAACCCACCCACCGACGCACUCCUCGGCGUCUUCUCCUCGCAAUCCGUCGACUCGACGCGACGCCGCGUCCUUCCGUCCCAAUCCCGUCGGACUUCCACGCGCUCGCUCGCCAUCGUUACCAUAGCAACGCGUGGCGAUCAGCUGACGACGGUCCGAACAUUUGACAGUCGGCACCGAGCUGCGACAACCUUCGCGCGGCUGGCAGUGCGAGCCUGGCGGUUGAUCGCGCGCGGUUCAACUUGCUCUCUCGCCCACGCGUCUCAUUGUCAGAGACGCGAACGAGCAGCUGGUGGUAAACAAAUGAACGGAGAGAGAGACGACAAACGUCGCUCGCUGCUCGGCCGUUAGGUCUCGACGAGUGCCGGACGGAAGGAGGAUCGUCGUCCUCUUUCGCCUGUCGCGCGGCUUCUCCUCGACGAACCUUCGACCUUUGACAACGGCGCGUGUUUUGUGCCCGGCAGUUUUGUGCGUCGUCUAACCGCGCCGUCUUGUUGUUAUUAUUGUUGUUUGUUGUUAUUGUUACGUACGUAUACGGGAAAAGAAGUGAGCAUCGUGCGGCUGUUCGGCGUAUUUGUUUGAACGAGUUACGGUAGUCGAAGAAGGGCGUUGGGUGAAUACGCGUCUCUCGUCUCCUUCACGGAGUCGAGGAUUACGAGGACGGGGCGAAAUUCAUGGUGAAUUUAACCCACGGAUCGUUACGACGACGGUGAUGAUAACGACGAUGACGACGGUGACGAUUGCGGUUACUGCGGCGGUUAGUAUCGAUCGAGGAGUGACGGGAGUCGAGGGUAAACGUGAAUUGGUCGUCGUCGGUCAGCGGAGUUGAGUUCCUCCGAUACUCUGGUGCGAAUGAAACAACGUCAACACCACGCCGUCGCAUAUUAUUGCCGUUUGUAGUCGAUACCCGUCGUUCUCAAGGAUAACAAAAACAAUCGACGAUGGUCGCCACGUUGUUUUGGUGUGAUGGGACUGAAUUGACGAACGGAAAAAUAUAUUUAAACGGCAAAGAAUAAAGAAGGUUAAACAAUGCACGAAAAUAGGUACGGACUUGUAGCCAAGUUGUUAACGUUAACGUUCUGACGAUAGCCGGUGUGACAGCUGCGUAAGCUGUGGUUAAACAUACAUAAAUGCACGUGUAACGCGUUAUCGUACUUUCAGAGAGAGAGAGAGAGAGAGAGCGAGAGAGAGAGAGGAGCGCGACGCAGCCUCGUCGAGAAAACAAUAUUUCAAACCUAUCCAUAUUAUUCACGUAACUUACACGCGCACACCCACCCACCCACAAACAGACCAAACGUACGCAUACACACAGACAGAAAUACUCGCGUUACGUUGCGUUAGGCUUGCACAGUGGUUCUUUUUCUUUACGGGAUGUAUGCACACAACUCCCUGAUCCAUGUAAUAAGAAAGAUGUGCAGUGUUGAGUGACAGCUACGUGUCGUAUUUGUGUACGAAGAAAAUUUACAGAAGAUAAGCAUUGACAUAGAUAUAAUAAUAACGAAAACAGCAACAACAACAACAACAAAUGGUAAUAAUAAUAACCACAAGAUGAAGAAAAAUUGACGCGACUGGCGGGAAAUCGUCGCCGAUCCUUGGAUUAAAAAGAUCGCAACGAAACUUGGAACGCGCAAUCGUCGUCAUCGUCGUCCUCACCCGAAGCCAGAAGUCGACAGAGUGACAAGGAGUUCCCCGAACGGGCCAGUAUUUUAUGCCAGUACCCAACCAGAGGCCAGUGUAGGUGGCCGGUGUUUUUGUCCCAUGCCGGCCGGUUGCAAUUUAACUUUAGUUAGCUAAUUUCAUAGGUUGAAUUUUUACGCGUACAUAUAAACAAAACCAACAAGAACAAGAACGAUAACAGCGACGAGUCGCUGUUUCGAAUAAAUUCGCGUUCUACAUAUAUAUUUCUAAAUAUAUAUUCGAGAUCGUCCGUCGCGCGAGUAAUAUGUUGAUACAAAGUUGGGAUCGAUGCAGUGUGUUUUCAGACUGAAGUGACGGGAGUGAUUCAAUAUCGUGAUUUUCAUUCGAUUUUCUUUCUUCGUCUUUUUGUGACGUGGAUUCGAGAGAUAAAUAAUACACAUAUAAAUAUCGCAUACAUACGUAUAUCCGUAUAUAUAUACCUUCGGACAUAACAACGGUUGUGAAGAGCAACGGCUGAUAAGUGAAACGGGAGAGGAGGAAGUACGUCCAGUGGUGGCCGGAAACGCGGACUUAAACCGAGAACGCCAACCUGCAAUCAAGGUUCAUGGUUUUCAUGGAGGAGAGCGAGCUCUCGAGCAAGCGGUGGGCCAGUGCGCCCCGCCGUCCGGACAGCCCCUACAUCCUGGGGGCCCCCACGUCUAGGGAGGCGGCGGGUCCCCCUGUGCAGCUGGAACCCGUGGACUUAUCGGUUAAAACGCCUGUGGUGCUGCAGGUGCCAAGGUACAGUCCGGCAGUGGUAAUCGCCGCAGCUCGCAGAAUCCCAACGCCAUCGACGACACCCGCAACGCCCGCGACGCCCUCGACGCCUACUCUGCCUCUUUCCACAUCCACCGGUAAGCGGCCGUUUCAACCGAGUUCUUCGCCUAGGCUACUCGCUAUCGUACCACCACCGCUGCCGCUGCGAGAUGUCGCGAGAGACAGGGAACGAGAGAGAGCAGCCGAGAGGGAACGGGACCGAGAGAGAGAGCGGGAGCGGGAGCGGGAGAGGGAGAGGGAGCGGGAGCGAGAGAGGGAGAGGGAGAGAGAACGACGGACGAGGGAAAGAGAGAGGCAACAGGAACGGCAACGAGAAAUUGAGCGAGAGAGGGAACGGGAGAAGGAACGGGAGAAGGAACGGGAGCGGGAAAGACAACGGGAGAGAGAAAGGGAGAGGGAGAGGGAUCGGGAGAGAGAGCGGGAGAGGGAGAGAGAUCGGGCGAGAGAGGUGACGGCGUGCGUGGCUGAACCCCCGGACGCCGUGCUAGUUUCUUCAUCGGCAGCCCUCCUCGCCCUCCAGAGGAUAAAAGAAGCCUCUCUAGUAUUUCACAAGCGACCUGCGCCUGCGGCUGGACUAGGGACGGGAGGAAGAGGCAACGGCGGUGUCGGUGGCAUCGGUGUGGUCGGAGGCAACGGAGGCGGACUGGGAGUUGACAGCGAGUGUGGAGAUGCCCUGAAAAGACGCAAGGUCCACCGAUGCGACGUCGCAGGUUGUGACAAAGUUUAUACGAAGAGUUCGCACCUGAAAGCUCACAAGAGAACGCACACAGGGGAAAAGCCGUAUCAGUGCACGUGGGUGGGAUGCACGUGGAAGUUUGCGAGGUCGGACGAAUUGACGCGGCAUUACCGAAAGCAUACCGGUCAAAAACCGUUCAAGUGCCACCUUUGUCAGCGUUCCUUUUCAAGGAGCGAUCACUUGUCUCUCCAUAUGAAGAGGCACUGAUCGUCGUCGCGGCCGCGUUACGUCGAAAGCCGAAGAAGAAUCCUACAGCUACGACGUUCGAGUACAUUCGGGACCUGAUGAGCCCCUCCCCGAGGAGAGACUACACGAUAUGCCUGCCAGGUGAGGACGGGUCGAGGAGGGGAGCACUAGAAAAACAAAAUAAAUAAAAAGAUUAAAUAAAAACGUUCACUAGAUUUAGAAGUCUUAGAAUGAAAGAGGGAAACGAUUUAGUUGAGUGGUUUUACCUUGACGUAUGAACAAAUCCACUGCAAUAUACAUAUGAUAAAUGUAGUAUACAUACAUACGUAUAUCCAGGUAGCGCCGUACUUUAAAAUUCAACGCUGUAUGGUAUUCAAAUUUGUGUGUUAUUUUACAUAUACGUAUAUCAGUCCGCGCAAACCUCGGUUCAGUUACGGCCAGGGGUAUAAAACCACGCGAUCACGGAUUGGCCGCAGUUUGUUACAGGUACGGAUGCUCCGUGCAGAAACUGUUCAAACGAAGAAUUUCAAUUACGCAACAAUAUUUUAAUCGAAAAGUUAGUAUUUCAGAAGAAGAAAAAAAAAAUGAAAAUGGUGGAAAGAUGAAAAAAAAAUAAAUAAAUAAAUAAAUAAAAACCGCUGCGGGUUCAGCACGAUAAACGUCAUACGAUGGUAAAAAAUUCUCCAUUUUUAGCUUAAUUUUUUAAUAAUUUGUUCCAAUUCCAAUUAACUUGAUACGAUUAAAUAAGGCCAGCUCAACUAGUCUAGAGCGUUAUAGUAAUGAUCCACUGACAAGGGAAGAGGAAAAAGAAGUGAAGAAUAUUGAAUUAAAAAAGAAAAUAGAGCCAGUAAUAAUACAAUAUUUUAGGAUAAAUGAUAACGAUUACGAAUAAAUAAUUAAAGUAUGUUACUAAAUAAAUAAAGUAAAACUCCGAUAACGGAGCUUGGGACUUAGCAUGCUCAGUUAAAUGAAAUAUACAAUCGUGAUGAAUCUAAUAAGCAAUGUGAAAACAAAAUCGAGUAAAUUAAAAUAAAUAAUUAGGGUGAAUUUUAGAAACUAUUCAAAAUGCACAAAGAAUUUCGCGUUUAGGAAUGGACAAUCGAUGAAUCUGUAAAUUCUAAGAGCCAGUAUUAGACGUCUGUAAAUCACUGCAAUGGAUCAGUCAAGACCUCUCUCGAAUCUUUGCGAAACUAAUUUCGUACUACGUAAUCUCUAUCGCGUCCCGAAACAAUAAUAAUAUAUAUGGUAUUACAUACCGUACGCAAUUGUUUUUUCGCGAUCGAUUGACGGAUUCGAUCUGAAUAUAUAUAGGUAUAUAUAUUUGUAUAUUCAAGCAAUAGACGUUCUAAAUUAAAAGUGUAAAAUUAAAUUUAAAAAAUCUAUACUAUUAUGAUAGAAUGCCAGUUAACGGACAGUAUAUCGUAAGUACCUAUAACUAUGUUAUACUUCGAUCUAGCGAAUUCGAUAUGUACCUACAUACUUAUUUAAUCUCAGCUCAAAAUUUUCAUGCACUUCUGUUGAUGAUACUGGAAGAUGCCUAAAUGAAAAUCUCGGUAUGAAUCGCAAGGACGCGCGAAUUUUAACACUCAAAAACGCGUUCACCGGACGUUUUAAUCUUUCGCAAACUUCAUUUGUCUUAAGUUUUGUACGUAAUAUUUUGCACUCUAGACAACCGUAAAAACUUUACAAGUUAAAUAAAAAUAAAUAAGUUAAUAAAUCUAGCAUUCUUUUAGUUUGUAAAAUAAUUUUAGCUUUCGUCGCACCGCCGAUUGCAAAGAACUGCCACAAAUGUGACAGGGCUGGGAGAAGGGGGAGGUAGAUAGAGAAAAAGGAGAGCGUUGCGAAAAAAGCGACACGGAUGAGUUCAGUAUCGUCCGUGUAACAGACACACACUUACGCUCUGUAAAUCGGCUGUACAGCGCGUUCAUUAUCGAUUAGCUAAUAUUUUAUUUUUCUUAACGAUGAAUAACGAUAAUUAAUAAAUAUACUAAAGAUAGAGAAACUUUGAAACAAUGGAACAAGAUGCCAGUAUAUACUAGAGCCAGUUAUCCUAAAACCUCUACGUAUAAGAUUACAUAUACUAUAGAGAAGAAAAGCAAAAUGAGAAAAAAAAAAUAACAAUAAUAAUAAUCAAUUAACUUUAUCGCAUACGCUACUUUAUCAUAUAGGAAAUAGUGCCUUGAAUAA